AUGGGAUGUUUGUUAUUACUCACAUUUGGCAGAAGUUUUCUAAGGUCAUAUUUUGUGUGUAGUGUCUUUAGUAACACUGACUGCAAUAAGUGUGGACAGACUUCUCACCUUGUUGCUGGGGCUCAGAUACAGACAAGUUGUAACUUAUAGAAGAACAUGUAUAACUAAUUAAUUUAUGGAUUUUUUCCAUCGUCAGUGCAUCUACUAUCUUUUGGAAUCGUCUUAUAACUUCAUGGUGGCAAUACAUAAUUACAGCUCUGUGUCUAAUCACCACAAUCUUCGCUUACGCAAAAAUCUUCUUUUCUCUGCGUCAUAAUCAAAUUCAUGUUCAGAACCAUGUUGCUCAAGGACAACCGAGCCAAGCAAUCACACUGAACAUAGCUCGAUACAGAAAGGCGGUGUACAGUGCAAUGUGGGUGCAGGGAACAUUGGUUGCAUGUUAUUUGCCGUUUGGUAUAGUGGUAGCUUUGACACCUCAACAAGGGAUGUCUUUAUCGGUAUACCUCGUUAGACGAUUCACUGUUUCUUUACUUUAUUUAAACUCGUCAUUAAACCCGUUCCUGUACUGUUGGAAGAUCAGGGAAGUAAGACAAGCUGUAAAAAAAACGUUAAGGCAACUAUUCUGUCGAUCGAAUUAG